AGCUUUUUAGUACUCUCUCUUUGCUCGUCGUCCUCUGCUCUGCCUCUGCUGCUGCUUCUCUCUCUCUCUCUCUCUCUCUCUCUCUCUCAUUGAGCUGGAGAAUCUUCGCAUUGCUUUCGAUCGGAAACCCUAAGGGCACAUCGAGGGAGGAUGGGAUCUAGCGCGGGGAGCCUUCUCAAAGUGGUGCUCAAGAACUUCGAUGUUCUUGCUGGGCCCAUCAUCAGCCUCGUGUAUCCGCUGUAUGCUUCGAUCAGGGCGAUUGAGACCAAGUCACUUGCAGAUGAUCGGCAAUGGCUCACCUAUUGGGUCCUGUACUCUAUGAUCACACUCAUUGAGCUGACGUUUUAUAAAGUCCUCGAAUGGAUACCAAUAUGGCCUUAUGCGAAGCUGAUCCUGACUUGCUGGUUGGUGAUCCCGUACUUCAAAGGUGCUGCCUUUGUGUAUGACCAUUUUCUGAGGUCGAUCUUCGUCAACCCUCAGAAUAUCAACAUCUGGUAUGUCCCGAGGAAGAACGACGUCCUCAAUGAGCCAACUGACAUCAUAAGUGCCGCAGAGAAGUACAUUCAAGAACAUGGAACUCGGGAGUUUGAGAAUCUUGUCCACAGGGCUGAUAAGACAAAGUGGGGUGGUGGCUCUUCCGCAGUUUACGAUGAGGAUUAUCGCUACUGAUUUCUGAAGUUCAGUGGAAUUUCCAGCUCCCACUCUGCAAUUUUCGUUUCUUGUACAUCUUCUCUAGUGUAACAUGAGCUCAGGUUAGAUGCCUGUUCGGUGUGUUCGGUGUACGGCACUCAGUCAGGAGUGCACCGAUAUAUUCUGUGUUUCAGUACAGUAGUGAUCUUAUAGUUCAGGAUAAGACGAAUAACACGAUGUUGCAAGAUGUCCAGUGAGUUUCAUCUUGUGUAAUAAUAGGGUCCUUUUGGCUGUAAGAUUUCUUCUUCCUCGAACAACAUUACUAUAUAUGGUAUUUAGAGCUUCUUCUGUUCCA